CCGGCGAGCCUCCCAUAGAUGGACACAGAAUUAGCCUUGUCGAUCUGACCUCUCGUUGCCACCGGCCAUCCAAUCCAAUGGCAUAUAAUUAAUUAAAGCAAACUCGUUAUAUAAUAUGCAUCUCCUAUGCUAUCAAUAAUGCAUAUCUGCUUCACAAGUCACAACCCUAUUACAGCGAAACAAACAUAUUAUACAAAGACAAGAGAAGAAAUCUGCUUCAUCUUCAUAGGGAGAUGAGAAUACUGUUUUUGGUAGCGGCAGCUACAGUUAUACAAACAGUACUGAUUCCUCCAUCUUCAUGUGCAGCUGAUGAGUGGGACGAGCACUGGUGCGGCCAAUAUCAAGACGGGACAUGGGCCACAUGCAGCCGGCCGGGACACUGUUGUGGUCUCAACUAUUACUGCGGUGACGGUUACAAGUACUGUUCCCCUGAUUAUUGCCGGUUCCAAUGUACUACGGUUCCUCCUCCGCCAGCUGGUGGUGGUUAUGAUCAGAGCAAUAAUUAUGAAGCCGGAGGAGCGGGAGGAGGAGUACUCAUCACACGUCUUGUUAACGCUACGCACAAUAACCACUACUUCAAUUUUAACAUUGGUGGUGGUGGUGGUGAUGAGCUCGGUAAAGUGGCAGCCGACAAUGCUUCUUCUUCCUCCUCCUCGCCGCCGUCGUCGUCGUUAUCAUGUGCAAGGUCUCUCUCCCGCCUGCCGUUAGCUUCUCGUUACAAGUAUCCGUUCGCUGCUCUGCGUGCCCCUCAACCUCAAAACAACAUCACUGCUACUCGUUGCGGUCGCUGCUUAAAGGUGAAUUAAUUAAUUUAAUUUGUUUCAUCGUCAUUGCUAGCUAGCAUCGUUAAUUAAGUAUGUAAAUUAACUCAAAUAACUAGAACAUUUUAUUGGGUAUCGUACGUAGGUAACAAAUCUUGGAGUUGGAGAACUUCAUCGUCAAGUGAGAGUUCGUAUUAUUCACGAACAUAGCAAAGAGACGACUCGUAUUGGAUCUCAAUAGCUUCAAGCAGCUUGUCGGCGAUGGACAUGGAAUUACUAAGGACAUGCUUUUGGUCAAGUAUCAAUUCGAAAGCUGUUGAAGUUUUAUACAUGUCCGUAUAUAUAUCCAUCAGAAAUAUACAACUACCCACAAAAUAAAGAUCAAUAGUUAUUUAACAUAUAAAAUUUACCGUUUGCCUUGUCUGGAUAUACUAUAUAUCAAUAGAUACAUGAAUGCCUUAUGAUAAAAUCAUCAAUAGUUUUAUACGUGUAAUGAUCAAUGAAAAAGACACGCGUUUAUAUAUAUAAGAUAUAAUAUAAGUGACCAAUAUAUUUUGCCUUGUUCGUAUUUCUCUUUCAAUUAUUAUUUAUUGUUCACCUGCACGUCAAUGUACGUGUGUACAAUUCGACCAAAAAAAAAAUGUACGUGUGUACAACUAGCUGUACAUGUCACAAAGGUUGGCCCUUUAGUCAUUUAUAGGAAUCGGGCCCAAACACUGUUAACUAAGGUUUGGGUUAAAAUAUAAAAGUAUAACAGAUAGAUUGAGAUUGAUAGGAAAGUGAUCUAAUGAUUUUUUUAGAGGGAUAAAGAUGGAAACUAAUUAAGAGUUUGGAAAGAGAGUUGACUAGAUUGUGUGGGAAGGGGGCUAGCACGAAGUUAUAAACGGUUGUUAUAAUAUUUUCAAAUUUCCUACAAAAAUUUAACGAAACCUAUCUUAUUAAUUUUUCAUUAGAUUUCAAAAACAUUUGCACAGGAAAAUUAUAAUUUUUUUGUGAUCUACACGAUGUUAUUCAUUUUAAUAUUUUUAAGAUAAAUUUUUUUUACGUUGUUUUACCAGUGGCAUAUCACGGUAUUAUCACUGGGACUAGUAUGAUAUUAUAGUUCUAUAAUGUUGAUAUGAUAGUCCUGAUAUUUUUUGUUGAUAAUUAAUAUGGACCAUUAGAUGUUAUUAAAAUUGAUGGAUUAAGAUUGACUUUUGUAGUGGUUUUGUAUUUAUAGAUUUUUUUUACCUUAUUCUUUCCCUUAACCAAUCUAUUUUAGUUUUGAAAUAAUGUAUAUAAUUUAAUAACAAAGUUUCAAAUAUUGCAUUCUCGUUCUAAAAAAAUACACUUCCUUAGAAAUAUUUGGACUAAACUCUCUUUGGAGAAAACUUCAUUUCUUCUUCUUAUUAUUAUUAUUAUUGGCGGUGGUGACUGGUGGUGAACAAACUUUAGUCCUUUACCCAAAGUGAACCUGCCUCACUAAGGAGUCAGAUGUGUUGGUCAAUCGAGAUUACAACGGGCUUGACGAGCCUGCAUCAAGAGCCCAGUCGCAAGCCCAUCAUUGUUGGCCUGCUACUUUGAAUUCAAGGUUGUUCUGGUACCAAUUUCCCCCACUCGCAAACUCAGAGAAGGCUCCCUAGUUUCAGAUAUAAUGCCAAUAUUAUGUUUGUUUUUUUCAAGGCAAGCCCAAAAGCAAUGGGACAAAAACUCGACACAAUUACAAAACUGACUCAAAAUAAAUACGUUAGUCCGUAUGCAACCAGACUACGAUGAAAGAGCAUGUUAAGCCACUACUUGGGCCGCUCUGAAGAAGCUUCGAGGAGCAAAGACACGACACCGACGGGGAAAUAAAACAAAAACACAAACCCAACAUCUCCACAAUAGUUCCGCCAGCGAGUAUAAUUUCCUUCAACGGAGUAUGCCGGAUGAUCGGUAUCGAGUUGCAACAAAAAUCCACAACAAAGAAAAUAAAGUUAUUGACUUAGGGAUCGUUUGCUUGUUGGAUUUGAAAAAUGAGGGUUUUGGCCAAUAAAAACCUUGGGAUUUA